GGUUGGGUUGGGGUUUGUGGUGUUGUCUAUAGAUGGCCUUGGGUGUUGUGGUGCAGAACAAUGGCUGUAAACCUGAAUCAUGAAGAGGAAAUUGGUGAAAAUUCAGCAAACAGUGAGGAGGAUACGAGAACAGAAAUCCGCAAAGAGCUCGCUAAUAUGUCUUUCGAGGAGAUUCAGAAGUUGAAAGAGAAGCUGGGUGCUAAGGUUUUUAAUGAGGCUUACCACGGAAGACCCUUACGAGCUCGAACUGGGAGCAAGGCCCUGCUGAAAUCGGGUCGUGUGCAUGGUCAGCCGUAUGGCAAGAGAGGCAAACACGCCCCGCGGGAAGAAUCGUCCAAGAUGCGCGUUCCAUCUGUAAGAGAUGUGAUCGCUGUGCCAAAAGUAGUCCGGAGGGAUCCUCGAUUUGAUGGUGUGUCUGGAACUUACGACGAAAAAGCGUGGAAGAAAAAUUACAAAUUUGUCGGCGACAUCAAGACCUCAGAGAAAACGCAGUUGAAAGAACAACUUCGAAAGGAAAGUGACCCAAGCGAGAAGAAAAAGCUCAAAGUACUUCUGCAAAGGUUACAAAAUCAAGAGAAGGCAGAGAAGGAAAAAGAAAAGAAAGAAGCUGAGGCGAAGAUGGAACGCGAGGAAAAUAUCGCUCGUUUGAAGCAGGGCAAGAAACCCAUCUAUAAAGCAAAAUCGGUCAAGAAAAAGGAGGAACUUGCCGAAAAGUUCAUCGAGUUGAAGGAAAGUGGAAGGCUAGAUAAGUACUUGCAAAAGAAGAGGAAGAAGAUGGCUGGCAAGUCGAAAAAGCAGUUGAUGUCAUCGUGAGUAACGACGCCUGUCAAAUGAUGUGUUUUGUAGCGCUCGAUUGCAAUUGUAACUGAUUGAUCCCCCGGUCUCCAGCGAACGUAUCGUCUGCCAUUUCCACUGCUGCAUCUGUUUGUGUUUGAUACUGCAGAGCGAUGCUUCCGAGCAUAGCAUUUCUGAACACUUUUGUUGUCAUUUAAGUACUUCCGGCUCUUUCAACCAGUCACCGAAAUUAACUAGUUUUCACUUCUAAUGUAAUGUCGCAAAUGUAUAUACGCUGGAUGAUUCGCCUUCGCUGAUGGUUGCUGAUUGGAUCAAUCGUUGUCAUAAGUGAUCCGCCCUCUGCAGCCACCUGCGGCUCAGGCUGCCGGCCUCAUGUGGUAGGUACCUAAACAUUAUAGUUGUUAUGGUGCAUUUCGGUACCGUUUAUGAGAAUCGAAGCGGUACUGUUUUCUUCUGCCGUAAAACAGGCAAAUAAAUGAAUUUGAAAUGUA